AUGUCGUCGAAAUUAUUACCUACUCAACGUCCAAGCUUUCACGUAUUCUUUGGGCCAUUUGCCAAUAAAUUUCGCACGAUCGCCUAUUAUUUGAGGAAGUUUUCAAUCUUCAAAGAUGUCGAAGCAAGAAUUAAUGAAAUUUUGAUGUUCAACAACGUGAAAUCGUUUCAUGAGAUUUUAAAUAGUACCACAGAACCAAUUGAAGACGUUUUAGGGUCAAUAUAUUUGCAACUAAUCGUUGUAGAUAUUUUAAAAAUGUUACAGUUGUCACCUACUGGUUUGUUCGGUGACUCUUUUGGGAAAAUCGUUGUUGCUUACAAUUACAAUGUUAUGAAACUGGAAGAUGCAGUGUCAGCAGCGAUCAAAUUUAGCAAAAAAAAUAUACCAAAUAGAGUUGAUUCUAAACUCAAAGAGUUGAUGGGCGAUGGUUAUGAAAAUAAUGUUGAUCCAUCUAAACCCACUUUAACAUUAAAUAUUUCUGACUUGCCUCACAAUGGUGAAAACAAUUUAGUUGGAGAAAACGCUGAUAUCAAUUUGCUGGUUCUGUUGGGAACAUUAUACACCGAAGGUUACCUUCCCCAAGUUGACAAACUUUACCCUACAGUAAAGUUCCCUGUUAGUAGAGGCACCUCCAUGAUUUCACCUUCUCUUCAAUGGGACCACAAAAAAUCUUGGUAUACGUACAAAUUUAGUGAAUUCAAAUCAAUUAAUACUGAGCAGUCUGAAUAUAGAUAUUCAGUUGUAAACGAGGCACAACAAUUUCUAAAAGGUCACGUUGUUGAUGGACGCAACAUUUUCCCUGCCACUGAAUAUCUAAAUUUAGUUUGGCAAAUAUAUGCACGGAAUCGAAAAUUAUUAGUCACCGAAAUUCCUGUUUUAUUUGAAAACUGUAAAUUUGCCAGAGCUCUUACAGUGCCUAGGAGCGGUUACGUAAAACUGCUUAUAACGAUUCAAAAAGGAACAGGUAAUUUCGAAAUUCUUGAAAACAAAUCUCUGUUGGUCAGUGGUCGUAUCCAAACUUGUCCAAAUGCAAACCAGCAACAAAUUGACUUGCCACAUUUGACUUCAUUCAGUAACGAUCAAUUAGAAAAUUUGGAACAAGACGAAAUUUAUCGAGAACUUUGCCUAAGAGGUUACAAUUAUAGUGGUUUGUUCAAAGCCAUAAAACGAUGCAACAUAAAAGCUUCUAUGGGUGUGAUUGGGUGGAAAGACAAUUGGUGUACGUUUAUGGAUAAUAUGCUUCAAAUGAAAAUCCUUGGUAUUGACACAAGAUUGCUUUACGUUCCUGUUGGUAUCAAGAAAAUUAUCAUCGAUCCUUUAAAACAUAUGGGUAUUGUGAAAAGUCAGGAUGGGGAAGAACGACUUUUACCUGUUUAUAUAAACGAGGACUGUAACAUAAUCAAAUCUGGUGGAAUUGAAAUACAUGGACUGCAAGUCAAAUCCGUUUUCAAGAAAAAACUGUGGAUCGAAACAGUUUUAGAAAAACAUGUUUUUGUCCCAAAUAAUUUAUCACUGGAUUUAGAUGAUGUAGUGAGAAUCAACACCCAAAUUAUUUUAGAAAAUACUUUAGAAAGUACGUUUAAAGCUGUGGAAAUCAUCAACAAAUUUACGGAUUAAAACGCU